UCCUCCAAAAAUGUCGCUCAUUCCAAGCUUCUUUGGUAACCGAAAAACCAAUGUCUUUGAUCCAUUUUCCCUAGACACUUGGGAUCCAUUUGAUGGCAUUCUCACUUCAGCCCUUGCCAAUGUACCCAGCUCAGCUCGUGAAACGUCCCAAUUUGCAAGCACAAGGGUUGAUUGGAAGGAAACACCAGAAGCACAUGUUUUCAAAGUUGAUCUUCCUGGGCUGAAGAAGGAAGAAGUGAAGGUCGAGGUCGAAGAAGGCAGGAUCCUGCAGAUAAGUGGAGAAAGAAGCAAGGAGCAAGAAGAGAAGAACGACAAGUGGCACCGUGUUGAGAGGAGCAGUGGUAAGUUCCUUCGCCGCUUCAGGCUACCUGAAAACACAAAGAUGGAUGAGGUUAAGGCUGACUUGGAUAAUGGAGUGCUUACUGUGACUAUUUCAAAGGUGGAAGAGAAGAAACCUGAGGUCAAGAGCAUCGAUAUCUCUUCUGCUUAAAAAGGUCCCAAUAUCUGUUAGAAGUGUGCUCAAUGUUAAUUACUGUCAUUUCAAUUGAAUAAGUUAGUUGUUGUGUCUAAGUAAUUUGCUUGUUUGGAAGUGAACCCCUGUGAUGGAAUUGAGUACGUGUAACUGAUGUAAGAUGGUGUUUUUGUGCAAUUAAAUUCUGUGUUUAUCAAUUGCAGUUGUAUA